ACAGAGCCAGCGGGGCGGCUAGCUGCGAUCUGUUUACGUACAGCAUUAUAAGACGGGUCUGCUUGCUGCUAAUGUAAUCACAGGAGGACGGUCACAUUUCAACAGCAAAGAUGAGCCCUUACUUAGGGGCAAAGUUAUAAAAACCUGCAGCCACAUUAAAUGCUAAGCUAAUUCAACCCCUGAUGUCAGAAGUACCUCAGAUAUGUCAUUGCCAAAGCUUAGGACAAGGAGGAAGAGGGGGACUCAACUGAGCCCGUUCAAAGUGCCAGACAGCAACAGCAUUUUUCUGCUACGUGUAAACGAAAGAGAGGACCAAAAAGAGGAGAUGCGUAAAUUCCUGGCACUGCCAAUUGAUGAGAAGACAACCCACACUGCAAGAGUGACGGCCAAGCUGAAAAAUGAGCUGGUGGGAGAACUGGAGGAUGAGGAGGAGGAGGAGAAGAAGGGGGGAAAUGAGAAGAUGAAGAAUUUAAAGCCAAUCAAGAGUAGGACAGCUCUCCCUAAGCAAACAUCUGGGGGACGAAUGAAACAAGAAAAGGUAACAAAAGACAACAAGCAUGCCUUAAUCUCGCUGGAACGACAGAAAGCUGUGCUGGAGUUAUCUGUGAUGACAAAGAGGUCUGAGAUUUUGAGGAUGGACGAGGCCAUAGCAAAAGAAGAGAAGCUGCUGAAACACCUGGAGCGGAGCAUUGAGAGAGACAACGUCAGAUUUGAAGAGUUUCUCAGGGAGAAUGAGAAGAAGUCUGUGGAGGCCAGAACGCUGUAUGAACAGGAGGCCAGGUCAACACAGGAGAAGAACUCUGAAAUCAGGAGGCUAACUGCUGAAAUACUCACCAUAAAAAGUGAACUUGCCAGGUUUGAAGAAAUCCUGGUAGACUACAAGAGUUAUAAGGACCUUCUAUUCAAGCUGUCUCCUCCGGAGUGGCAGGAUGCCCAGAGGUCAAAGGUUAUGUCUGGUAAAGGCGCCAAGGAGGACCAGAACAGGGAGCUUAAAGACACUGCUAUUAGGAAUGGUUUGGAGACUCCAGGCAGACAGCUGCCGUCCAUCCAAGAGACCAGGCUGUCCCCAGCCCACAGUGACAGUCUAGUCACAGAUCCUAAAUUGGACAGUGACAGCUCAGAUUAUGAGGAUGAGCCAGAGCUGUAUUUCACUGAUCCCCAGCAGCUGCUGGAUCUGAUGACAGAGCUGACGGAGCAGAACCUGUCCCUGAUUCAGAACUCUACGAGGGUGGAGGAGACUCUGGAGCAGCUCCAACAGUCCUUGAAAACAACCAAGAAGAAUCAUGAAAAGGAUGAAGAACAAAUUACAAUGCAGAUAAAUGAAAUGAAGGAGAGAAUCAAGAAGGAGAAGGCGAGAGGCGCCAGGCUUGAGCGGAAGGUCCUUCUCCACGUGUCCCUGAAUACACAGGACCAGGAUGUGUUGCUGGAUGCUCUGAGCGAGAAGGUGGCAGAGGUGCACUGCAGCUGCGUGGAUGACAGGGUGACCAAUCUAAACACUUUAGAGAAGCUGGCCAACAUUGAGAAGCGGCUGUCUUUACUACUGCAGAGCAUUGAGAGCAUCCCUGAAGAAAAACUGGAGUUAAUGAAGAAGAUCAAGGACAGCGAGAGGAGGACCAGGGAGCGUGAAGACAAGCUGAGAGAGCAGAGAGAAAAACAGAAAGAAAGGAUGAGGAGGUACUCGGAGAGAUCGCUGGCUGACUCCAAGAAAAUCAGUGGGAAAAAGCUCAUGCCCAGAUAUAUGCCUGUUACCCAGAGAGUCAAAGUCAGCAACGUGGACAGUAUCCCGGCUCAAGAUGAGAUUCACGAAUACCUCUUUGGCACUGAGAACACGGACUGAUAAAAAAAAUACAAAAAAUAAAAUAACUGAAAGUGCUAUCAUGCCUCAAACGCAAAAACUGAUCAGUGAUCAUGUAUUAUCACACAGAUGCCACAAUCAUGACAUGUAUGAGCUGAGAUGCUACAAAUUUAGCGUUGUAGUGCAGAAUAAAACCAUCUAACUGUGGUAAA